CAAAAUUGAGUGGAAGACACGCCCCGAUUCAAUACACUAGCUUACGUGGGAAUUUGAGAGGACCCCACUGGCCCUAAAAGCAACAUGGCUGCUAGCAGUGGGAAGUCGGUUUUAUUCGUUUGCUUGGGGAACAUUUGCCGAUCCCCAAUUGCUGAAGCCGUCUUCAGGAAAAUGGUAACAGACAAUGGCGAUACAAAUAAUUGGAGGAUAGACAGUGCAGCGACCUCCACAUAUGAGAUAGGCAACCCGCCCGAUUACCGAGGGCAGGCCUGCAUGAGGAAGCACGGGGUGCCCAUGAGGCAUGUGGCCAGGCAGUGGCUCAUAGACAGUGGUGCUGUGUCUGACUGGAACACAGGCAGCUCCCCUGACACUCGUGCUCUGGCCUGCCUCAGGAAACAAUCCAUAGAGACAGACCACAGGGCCAGAAAGGUGACAAAGGAGGAUUUUCUGUCUUUUGAUUAUAUACUUUGCAUGGAUGAAAGCAAUUUGAGGGAUCUCAACAAGAAAGCAAACUCAGUAAAAAACUGCAAAGCCAAAAUUGAGCUCCUUGGGAAGUAUGACCCUCAAGAACAGCUGAUCAUCCAAGAUCCCUAUUACGGGAGUGAAGAGGAUUUUGAAAAGGUGUAUGAACAGUGUCUGAGAUGCUGCAAAGCAUUUUUGGAAAGCCAUUCCUGAUGCCUUAUUCAUCAGCUUCAGUAGCUUAUACCUUAUUUAACUUGUUGUCGCUUUACAAUAAGUAAGCAGUAAUAAUUUUUCUGUGAUCCAUUUCUGGCAUGGCAGUAAUUAAAGCGAAACCUUGAUAGAACUGGUGUAUGUGACAGCCCAAUUAGCAGUGAAUGAUGUCUUGUCAAAUUUUACAUUGUAUGAUGUGAAUUGAAUGUCAAGUUGGGUUGUUUCCUAACUGGUUGAUUUAAUGUAGAAGUAAGAAUAAAUACGAGAUAAACCUCA